UUGGAUCCGAUUUCGAUCCGAAGGGUUCGUGCUUAAAAAUCUCUCUCUACAUUGCCACGCGAAUCAGGGCAAAAAGGGAACGUUGGAAAAAACAAAAGACGAGCAAGCCGGAAUUUCGUGGGACGAACAAAGAGAGAAAGGGUAGAAAGACGAAGUAGAGGAGGAGGAAGAAGAAGAAGAAGAAGAAGAAGAAGUGGACAAGAGUGUGGAAAGAAGAAAGAAUAGAGAGAGAGAGAGAAAGGAAUGGUCGAGCAUCAAGUAGAGGAAAGAGAGCGAACGAAGCGUGGAGGAGGACCGUUGGAGGGGUAUGAAAGAGGCAGUUCCCUUGGAGGGAGGUAAGGUAGGAGAACGCGCAGCUGAAAAGUGGUGGUGACCAAAGGCGCGGUGAGCGGGAAAGAGAGGUGACGUUGAGGGACAGGUAAAGUGGUCAAAGGGAGGCGGGGAAGGAAAGAGAAGAAGAGAAACGCUACAAAUGAGGAAGAGGGUACGAGAAACAGAGAGAGGGGGUGGAGUGGGGGGGAAAAGGAAAGAAAGAUCGAGAGAAGGGGACACCGGCUUGCCUCGGUCGGAGUAAAGCGAAGCCAACAAACUCACGUCAGUUCGAAGCUGGAGGGAUGCCAGCGUUCCUCGUGCGUUCUUCUACGCUUUUGUACCGUUUCUACGUUGCUUACGUUACACCACCGAUCGACCGAUUCUAUUAAUUUGGAAGCUGGAAAGUGCGAAAAAAAAAAGUGUAGAGAGCGGGUAGAGAGAGAGAGAGAGUUUAGUUCGAAAGGAAAUCAUUUCGUAGUGCAACACUUCGAGACAGUGAGAAGUAGUGGUAGUGGUGGUGGUGGUGGUGGUGGUUGUUGACUCCUCCUCCUCUUCCUCCGUCAUCGAUUCUCGAUCAUCGAAGAUACACGAAGCGCGAAGAGAAAAUUGUUGGAAUAUAAAGCGACCACUUUUGUUGGUCGCGAAAAGGAGAAAGAGAAAAGAGGAGGCGUGUUCGGUGAAAGCGGAGAGGAUCUCGAGACGCGACUGGCGAUCUUUUGCACCGCGUGCCGAUCGAGAGUUGUUCGAUCGAAGGGAGGGAACACGUAGGAGAGAGGAGAGGGUAAAACGAAAAGCGUUUCGGUUUUCUCCCUCGGGUGAUAUGAGCAGGGCGCAAUUAAGGCGGUUAACGGAGUCGGGAAUACCUGUCCAACGGCGGGCCAAAACCGGUACGAGCGUUCUCCGUACGAUAUAGUGCACUCCUCCUCCUCCUUCUCCUCCUUCUCCUCUUCCUCCUCUUCCUUCUUCUUCUCUUUCCUCGUUCCUCGCAGCCUUCGAAAGGUGCAUACACCUUGGCAGGCCAGCAUCGAGUCUGCGCUUCUCGCGCUUCUUUCCUCUCCUUCUCUCUUUCUUCGCCUGUUUCUUCUUCUUCCAUUCCCUCGUUUCUCCCGUUAAACUCAAGAGGGAGAAUGGACGCGGCAGCGUCCGUCCAGUGAUACGAACGCGAUCCAUCCAUUCCUUCGAAGUGGACGAACUUCUCGUUCCUCGAUCGCGCGUAUAUACGAGUGUGAGUCGCAGAUCUUUCCGCGGAUCGUCGGUUGCGUGUAGUACGGUGCGUGACCGGAGGAAAAGUGGUCGGUGUGGGUCGAUGUGGAGGGGAGCAGGGAAACCGAUCUACGAGGUGGAAUAUUUGUGCGUGUGGUGCGAUCCGAGGGCGGUGGGAAUGUACGAAAGGGCGGGAACAGGAAGGUGAUACAGGAGGAAGGAUCGCGUAGGAGAAGAACAAGAAGAAGAGGAGGAAGAAGAAGAAGAAGAAGAAGAAGAGGAGAUGAGAGUGGAGGGAUGAGGGAAGAGGAGAUAGAGGGAGAGGAAAAUGGAGAUAUAGCGAGCGAUUGAGAUUCUUAGCUCGUUCGUUGGUUGGUCGCACACCGAGCGCUAGCUGCGAGAGCUGCUCGUCCGUCCAUGAGGUUUGAACGAAGGACGAAUUGUCGAGAAGCCACGCCAUGAGAAUCCUGAAAACGCUACACUGGUAGGUGUUCCAACCACCGACGUUCGCGCGUUGUCUUUCUCUCCACUCUCUUCUACGCAGCUAUCGUCGUAUGCGCAUACACGACAUAUAUACACACAUAUAUACACACACACGUACACACGUACACGCGCCUUUUCUUAUUUCGACGUUACGGCAAUGCGAGUUGCCGCUUUUAACGAAACGCGCUCACGACUGUGAGCGUUUUUGAAGCGAUUUUGCUCCCUACGACGGAUCGUAGAGUUCUUUGUAUGGAAAUCGAUUCGAGGAAAGCCGAGGCUUUGCCGUUUUUGCCUCCUGAGAAUCCUUCCUUUCCCCUUCCCUCUCUCCUUCCACGGACGUUACCGUUUACCGGAAGUUAAAAAGGCAUGCCUGUGAGGCAUUCUGCUACUCCACGUGUCCACGAUCAUUUCGAACGUCAUUCGGACACGUGCACAAAUCCAAUAAGUGCAUUUUAUCCAAAACUAAUAUCGUAAAAUAUUGUUACACGAUAAUGCCCGUUCGCAGCGUGGAUCAUUACUGUGAAAAUACGAGUAUGAGGUAUUUGCCAAAGCGGUCGUUAACGAGUAACGGUAUCCACGAAAUAUUGACCAUAAUUCUAAGAGUUUUCAAAACUCGGUUAACAUUGUCUCGGUUUCUCGGAAUUUCUCGUACUCGCCCAGACACGGAGAGAGUUGCAUAAUCGGUCGGAAAAGCCUCGUCCUCUAACGGGCUAAAGCGUUACCUGGCCGUUCCAACUUCGCCAGGUACGGUUCAGGCUCCCUGUGGAAUUCUUGCAAUUUGGCUUUUGCUCGAUCGGCUCUUAAAUAUAAAUGGAGUCGUCUAGCUUGUCAAUAGACGCUGUUAGAUCGGAAGUGUCGGAGCGGAAUCGUAGAGCAAGAUGGGACGGUUUUAGCGAAUUCCUUAGAAGAAGAAGACAACCGAAGAGAGUUCGAGUGCUGAAGAGGCGCAACGCGAUUAGGUCCCGAAGGCGUAGCGGCAGUGGCUUGACGGACACACACUCGCAGCAGCAGCAGCAGCAACAGCAGCAACAACAGCAACAGCAAGUGCAGGAGAACAACAACACCAGCUCGAAGAAGGGGCAGGAAGGGUUGGGCCCCGAUGAGAUGUGGGCCCCUGGCGGGCUAGGGCCUCACCGGGAGCUACCAGUCGACGUGCCCGACACCCUUCUUCAAAAGGCCUAUCCCAACAAGGUAAACAGCCGCUCGUCCGAUUUCAGGAACGAGCUUCUUCGUUCUCCUCCCCGUAGCGCUAGCGACCUCGACCUCUCCCUAAACCUUAAAAACGACACCCUUAAAAAAUCGCCGCCGCCGCCGCCUCCGCCUCCGCCGCCGCCGCCGCCUCCUCCACGCAUCAGCAACCUAGACAACCGCGCUAGAAUCGAUCCGAACGGCGAGGCCAUCCGGAACGGUCAGCCGCCGAUGCUCAAGAUCGAGCUGAAGAUCGAGAACCGCCUCGAGGACGAGGAGGGGAGAAUCGUCAAGGAGGUGGACAGGUACGACACAACUACCGAUUUUAACCCUCCUUUCAAAGAUUUCGGGGACGAGGAGGAGGAGGAUCAAGAGGAGGACGAGGGAGUGAACGAGGAGGAAGAGGAAGAGGAAGAGGAGGAGAAUACAGGGACAACGGAAGGGCAGAAGGAGUCGAGCGUCGAUCUCGACGUAGAGGAGGACUAUCCGUUCGCGAAGGAGGAUUAUCCGACCAUGUUGAAGACUUGUAGCGACGACUCGGCCAGCCCGAGAAGCUCCUCCGGCAGAUCGGACAGCACCGCCCCCCUCGACACCAGCCUGGUGCUGAGACACGCGAAGACACGUGGCAAAGGCUCGCCCACCUACGACGCAAGGCGGAUAGAUCUCGGCUCCCCUUGCCGGGGACCCGUCGUCCCGGAGAUCAAGGUGGCGCCACUCUACCAGAGGGCCACGGCCACCACCGCCGCCAGUAACAACACCAACACCAACACCAACACCAACACCAACACCACCACCUCGUUCGACAACCCCGCCUACGGUUUGGCCGAUCUUCAGGAGCUCCAAGGAUUUUUGAUGAGAUCGGACGAGGUGUCCGACCUGACUCGACUGAUCGACGCCGAGCAAUGCCCCACCAUCCCGAGAAUCCCACGUGCUAGCGAGCAAGACGUUGUUGCUUCUCUCUCGACUCCCUCUCGCGGCAAGCAGGAGAAACUAAAGUCGGAAACGAGCUGUCCGUCGAUCGUUUCGACGAGCAAAUCGACGGUUGGCAAGAAGCAGCAACAACAAUCGUCGAGCGGUGGUCACCACCAUCAUCACCAGCACCAUCACCAUCACCACCACCACCACCAUCAUCACCAUCGGUCGAAACAGAAGGGGGGGAGAGGCGUGGAAGCGGAGGAGUCGCUGAUACGCGCGGGCUCGAGCGACGACCUCGCCGGGAUCGAGUCGGGCAGCAGCCUCUCCUCGUCCUCGAGGCGGCAGCACCAGCAGCAACAGCAACAACAGCAGCGGCCCAAGAAGAAGAGGCAUCAACAAAUCUCGAGCGGCUACUCGACCCUGAGGAGCGACACGUCCACCGUCGAUCUCGAGCACGUGGACCGUGGUAGCUUCCUGGUGGUCGGCGGCAAAGCCUAUCGCGAGGUGGCCGUCGACUGCCCCCCCGACUUCGUCCCCGUCGCCAAACGCCACCCCGUCUAUCCCCCGCCGAACAAGAACGGGAACAAGAACGCGUCACUGUCACGACACCCGAAACGCGACGGUGGUAGUGGUGGUGGUGGUGAUGGUGGUGGUGGUGGUGGUGGUAAUAAUAACAACAAUAAUAACAAUAAUAAUAAUAAUAAGAUGAACGGGGACGAAGGGGGGGCGGGUAUCGUUUGCGCGAAGUACGACCGUAGUAAUAGGUUUCAACUCGGUGGCAAGCCUGUUACGGAUCUCGUACCGGGAUCGCCUGUACUCGACCCCUCCUCGAACAAGGUAAGAAGUAAGAAAGUGAAGAGUAUGCUUUUCCAACGCUUCCUUUGCACUCUCAUCGCCACGCAUCACCCCUCAUCGCGCUGCACGCUUUCGCACGCAACCACGCCUCGCGCCACUAAUCGCUCUUGCUCUAACCGUUCGAAAAUGAUGGACGGGGAGGGGGACGAGGAGGAGGAGGAGGAGGAAUACGAUUCGUGGUCGGUCCACUCCUCUCCCUGCCUCGACGACACCGACUCUUGCACCGUUGUCCGUUUUUCGAACGCCGAGGAUGCGGAGGGGGGGAAGCUCUCCUUCCUUCUCGCGGCGAAUAAACGAUCGACUCGAGGAAGAGAAGGACGAGGAGGAAGAGGAAACAGAAGUCGAGAAACGGACGAGAAUUGUCGCAAUUCGUUGCGCGAGUUGUCUCUCGCGCAUGCGCAAAACAGGACUAACUCGAGGCUGUCGCUCGAGUAUCACGGGCGUUCCAAAGCGAUCUCCUUGCUCGAGCUUGGUGGCUCGAGUCACGGGUUCGAAUUCGCCGGGACGAGUUUGAUCUCGCGGUCGAACUCGUGGGAAAACUCAGAGGGAAGGAGAGAAGAGGAGUCGCAGGAUCGGGGAAGAAGGAGGAUAAUACGUACGUACGCCUCGCGCCAUCGCUACGAUCGUCAUCAUCAGCUUGCCGAGGUAAAUCAGACCGGUCUGAACGGGGUGAAACCUGCCAUCCCCCCGAGAGAUCAAAAGAGGGCACCUGCCAGACCGCCGAAAGAUAACCUACGUUUGUCCACGCAGAACAAUAACGUGGAGAGCACCGAUAACGCGAAUGCCGAGCCUACGCAACAACAACUGCAUUCCAUCAGAAAAUACCAGGAGCAGCUACGUAAACGAAAGGAUGAGGAGGAGAGGCAGGAGAUACUCAAUCGAUCGUUACGCGGAUCGAAAAAGCUGCAGGCUCUGGAGAGCCACGCGACCAGCCUAUCGGGCCAAGAAAAUCUCGCAUACACCCAGGACGAGGUGACCACCGUCGGCCGUCCAACGCACGUCACCACGCAAGAAGUAGAGGAGCCUCCCAGGCCCCUCACAUACGGAGAGGUCGUCGCGACGUUGGAGAGGCUACAGCUUCAGUUGCGCAAUAUUUCCGGUGCUCUAGGCAUUUCGGGGCCGGGUGUCGAAGCCGAACUCGAAGCGGUGCGAACUCUUCUGGUGCAAAGUCGAUUCGCAUCUGCACUCGCCACCCACCACAUCCUCAGAAAUCGUUUAAGAUCGAACAAAGUUUUGAAACAUCACACCGAGGACGCCUCCACUUUAGCACGAGACUGUGUGGACAUUCUCGAGAAAUGGCAGUCCUCGUCGACAGCAACAGGUGUCGGUGGAGCGGAAACGAUCGCCGCCGUCGAGGAACUGACAGGAAUUCUGACGAGCUACGACAUGGAGGCCCUCCUCCUCACCCACGACUCCAUCAUCUCGUACGUGGAUGGACUGCAGAGAAAACAAAGCCCCUCGUCCUCGUCGCCGAGCGGUCCACCGAGUCCGACUUCCAGCUGGAGAGGCUCACGGGUCGUGGACAACAUUAAAAUUAUCAGAAUCGAGAAAACCAACGAACCUCUUGGUGCUACGGUCAGGAACGAGGGUGAUGCGGUUAUAAUAGGACGUGUCGUGCGAGGAGGUGCGGCCGACAAGUCUGGACUUUUACACGAAGGGGACGAGGUUCUCGAGGUGAACGGCGUGGAAAUGCGUGGCAAAAGCGUAAACGAAGUGUGCGAUAUUCUGGCUGGUAUGCAGGGCAGUCUAACCUUCCUCGUGCUCCCGGCACCCACGAGUCACAGGAACAAUUUGUCGAAUAGAAGGGAAGAUACGAACCAGAUACAACACAUACGGGCCCACUUCGAUUACGACCCUGAGGAAGAUCCUUAUAUACCGUGCCGGGAAUUGGGUGUCAGUUUUCAGAAGGGUGAUGUGUUGCACGUCAUCUCUCAAGAGGAUCCUAAUUGGUGGCAGGCGUAUCGAGAGGGCGAAGAGGAUCAAACGCUGGCUGGUUUGAUACCCAGUAAAGCCUUCCAGCAUCAGCGAGAAUCAAUGAAGCAAACUAUCGCUGGUGAUAAAUCGACCGUACGCGGUUCCAAGAAAUCCAGUACGUUGUUGUGCGCUAGAAAGAAUCCAAAGAAGAAGAAACGGAACAAGUUUGGGGCGAACUACAACGACGACGGGUAUCCGCAUUACGCAACGACUGCCAUCGACGAUUACGACAGCGAGGAGGUACUUACUUACGAGGAAGUCGCGUUGUACUAUCCUAGAGCGAAUCACAAAAGACCGAUAGUUCUGAUAGGGCCACCAAAUAUCGGGCGACACGAGCUGAGACAGAGGCUGAUGCACGACAGCGAACGUUUCGCGGCUGCUAUUCCUCACACGAGUCGUCCAAGAAAAGACUCGGAAGUGGACGGACAGGACUACCAUUUCAUUUCUCGUUCUCAAUUCGAAUCCGAUAUACUUUGUCGAAAGUUCGUCGAACACGGAGAAUACGAGAAAGCCUAUUACGGCACCUCCGUCGAAGCUAUACGAUCCGUAGUAAACUCUGGUAAAAUCUGUGUUCUUAAUCUGCAUCCGCAGAGCCUGAAGAUCUUGCGAAAUUCGGACUUGAAACCGUACGUGGUAUUCGUCGCGCCGCCAAGUUUGGAGAAACUUCGCCAAAAAAGGAUCAAGAAUAACGAGAGUUUCAAGGAGGAGGAAUUGAAGGAUAUUAUAGAGAAAGCACGGGAGAUGGAGGAUAAAUACGGGCAUCUGUUCGACAUGAUCAUCAUAAACACAGAUACGGAUAGAGCGUACAAUCAGCUGCUGACGGAGAUCAAUUCGUUGGAAAGGGAGCCUCAGUGGGUGCCUGCUUCUUGGGUUCAGUAAAAAAAAAAAAAAAAAAAGAAAA